AUGAAGCUUAAAGUUACACCAUUGACACUGUCAAGAGCAAAGCACUUGUUAGAAAAAAAAUCCGGAACAGAUACUGCAUUAGCGUAUGCUUCACAGGUCCUAGAUGCCCUACUUGACGACGUUGAGUCGCCAUUCAUUCUCAGUGAUGUUACAUCCACAAUAAUAUCAUUGAUAAAAGAUAGAAAGCAGUAUAAAGACUUGAUAUUAAGAUAUGAAGACAACUUAAAGUUCAUGCUCAACCUCUAUGGGGUCCAAAGAGUUUCCCAGAUUACGCCUGAUUAUAUUGUUUAUUAUUUUGAUAGACUGAUUAAAUCACUUGAUAUUGAAAACCCCACUGCAGAUAAGGCUGAAGUAUAUGUGCAUGCUUAUAAUAUUGUGAUGAACAGAGACCUAUCAUUAUGGGCAAUUACAGGGAAAUUGAGCUACAUACAAACCGAUAUUGUUGGCUCCUUAUAUUCUAUUGAAACAGAUUUGCUAACUUUCCAUGAUCAACACAAGAUACAACACCUAAGAGACAUUAUGUUAUAUAAAUGGGAGGAUUCCUCCUUCAUGAAUCAGUGGCAGUAUCAUCUAGACAAGUGCAAGCUGAUAGUCCAGGGAUUGGGAUCGGUUAAAGAGGCGGAUACAGGUAUCGAUGACACCUUAUGUGGACUCUCAGAAAGAGAAUCGUAUGCAUAUUGGGAGAUUAGGUGGUGGCUAAUAUAUGCUAUGUUUUUAAAGGGAGAGUUUGAAUCGGUUGUGGAUCAAUUCUGGGCACUAGUAAAUGAAGAUCGAAACACACAUGGUGUGGUUGGCGGUUCAAUAGAGGUGCUGAAAGAAUUAGACUCUACAAUCAUUGAUGGGGAAUCUUUGAUAAAGAUUGUCCUUAUAUCCUUAGUAUUGUCGAAAAAUAAUUUGACCAUAAACGAAAUGUUAAGUUCAGGAAUAUUGAUGGACAGUAUCUAUGAUGAUCCUACACUUAAGCAGUUUAAAAAGGCGAUGGAUUGUUUCCAAUAUCCAGAGGUAUUGGAUCUGCUUUGCAAGUUAGAGUCUAAAAUUCCAUGGUGUGGUUGUUUGCAUGGAAGUUUUGAGAGGAUAGCCACGCUAUUACUGGAAAAAUCAUUGUUAUCAUAUUUAUCUGUCGUGGAUUGCGUAUCAUUCGGUGAAUUGUCUUAUACCUUCGAUCGCCCUAAAGAUUAUAUCAUACAAUUAGUAGAACGUCUUGUAAUUUUAUUGGACCUUCCUUUAUUUAUAGAUGAGGAGGAAGAGAUUGUUAGGUUUAAGCAGAAUCAAGGGAAUUAUGAAAUGUCGUUCAUUCGGGAAAUGGGUGAUGUAGUGAAUAGUGAACUCAUACGAGUUAGAUGUUUAAAGCAAGAGUCCCUCAACAGCAAAUUCAAAGAUGAAGACAAGCAAAUGAAGUUUUGA